CAUCGCAACAACAGAAAUACAAGAAUCUCUACUAAAUGCACGUAGUCUUGGUCAGGAGAAAUUGAUCACCUUUGUGAAACAGAGGCUCAUGCAACCCAAGAAUGGUGACCAGCAGAAAAAACUCAGGGAUCCUUUGCCAAAAAAUAAACCUCCUACAUUUGCCACUCUUCACAGGGCAGGAAAGAAAGGAGUGGAAAAGUUAGUCACCAAAGCCAAAGCUGAAAGAAAUGUUUUGCAGCGCAUUAUCACAGCAUAUGACGCAGGAAGGGAAGUGGACUUGGGGAAAAUCCUCAGACACGAGUUGAUGAAUGUCCCCACUGCUAUUGCAGACAGUGAUGGCUAUUUGAGAAGUGGAAAUAAAUCCAUCCUCAGUCAGGUGCUAUGUGGUGAUGUGGAAUGUCCAGCACUGGUGUACCCUACAGACAUUGAUUCAACGCUAGUGAUCGAUGGUCAAGCUUUUGUUAUGAUGCUAGGACAACCAUCUGACUGCAACACAUUUGGGCAAUAUGCCAGCAAGUUUGUGAAAAGAGUGCUUGCAUUUGGCAAAAACUUUGACAGAAUUGACACUACAUUUGACAGGUACAGAGACAUAUCAAUUAAGAGCACAACCAGGGGGAAACGUGCAAGAGGAUGCACACCUAUUCGCCGUGCCAUUGAAGAUAGCUCUGUACCACUUCCAAGGAACUGGUCCAAUUUCCUUGCUUUGGAGAAGAACAAAGAAGAUUUGGCAACAUUUCUAUCAGACGAGCUAUUGGCUCAAGCUCCAGACGACAAAAUUAUCAUUGUGGCUGGAGGCUUUAAAGAAGAGAACACGGCAAAGUGUAAUUCAGAAAUGGACAUCACUGCUCUCCAGGCCUACCAUGAGGAAGCAGACACAAGGAUUGUGCUCCACUGUGUACAUUCAAAUGCAGAAUUUCUUGUUGUUUCAAGUCCAGAUACAGAUGUACUCAUUUUGUUAAUUGCGCAUUUUGGCAAGAUGAAGUGCAAACAGUUGUGGCUGAGAAUGGGGACCUCCAAAAAACCCAGGCAUAUCCCCAUACACAAAGUGCAUGAGAGUCUGAGGGUGCAGGUUCCCGAUAUUGAGAAUAUUCUGGCCUUCCAUGCAAUAACAGGCUGUGACACUGUGUCCUACUUUGCAGGACAUAGCAAGAAAACAUCCUGGAAAACAUUCUUGGAGCAGCCUGCACUUUUAGAUGGACUUGGCCUGGGUGAACUGACUGAAACCACCAUACAUUCUGCAGAGAAGUUCAUUUGUCGUGUUUAUGACACCAACGAUGUCAGCUGCAAUGAUGCAAGAGCCACACUGUUCUCCAGAUGUCGGGGACCUGAGGCUCUACCACCUACGAGUGAUGCUGCUCAGUGGCAUAUUAGAAGAGCACAUUAUCAAGCUCUAGUAUGGAGACAAGCAAACAAAACAAAUCCAAUACUACCACCUAUAGAGGAAAUGGGAUGGGAUGUCAUCAAUGGACACCUGGAACCCAAACUGAUGUCUGUUGCAGCAAUCCCCAAAAGCUGUAGCUUGAUGGUUACCUGCAGGUGCAAGUGUGGUUGCAAUACAAGCAAAUGCAGUUGUCGCAGCGCCGGCUUGCUUUGUACAGGUGGCUGCAAAUGUAGAAGAACUCCAGAUCAUCCAUGCCAGAAUGCAAGCAGUUUGGACUAAGGAGGAACAUCUCACUUCAGUGACUGUUGCAGUGGCCAUGGAGAUUGAGAGGCACUCUCUGCUGUAAAUAAAUUUGAUUUGUAUUUAUUUUGGCCUGUUCUUAGUUUUAUUUCAGGUUUAAGAGCAAUUAAAAUGGUUCGUUUUAUGAAUACUGUUUGCUUUAUUACCUUUA